AAAAACAAUUCUUUACCCAAGGAAACAAUGUCGAAAAUCGUUCAACUUUACGUUAUUCGCCGAAAACUCGAGGGCACACCAUUCCGACUCAGAAAGAUGGCCCAUUCCGCUGUUUUGGUUGGAACGGCAAAUAAUGUUUACUAUAUAAUCGAGCUCGUCAAGCAAAAAGAGAAGUCUAAUGUCGUAGUUGCCAUUCCAACCAGCUUUUACGUAAUAAGCACCGAUUACAAUAACCCUCACCAAGUCAUAAAUAUGAAUGGCGAAGUAUGGACGAAACAACUUUAUGGAAAGCAUGUUUACAAAGACGUUACUGUGGAAGAAGCCCGUCAAUAUCUCCAAAAUGAGAUGAAUCAAUAUCCAUAUGAUUUAUUGGAAUGGAACUGUCAUGUAGCACAGGAAACUUUGAGAAAAUGGUUGGGCGUAUUAUAG